AUGUUUUUUGGUCUAUUUAUAUUAUUUUGUUCUUUCACUUUUACUGGUGCAAAACAUUUCAAUGGAGGAACGAUUGGAUGGGCUCCCAUUGAUCCUUAUGAUAAUUCCACUCCCGUUGAUAUUACCAUUACACAGUCUUAUUCAUGGACAUAUCCAUAUAUACAAUGCGCCCACAAUGUACCGAUCACGACUAGUGGAUUUGGUAGUGCUAACACUAAUCUGACUUGUGUAGUUGAUUGCUCAACUGAUGGUGGUUAUUCUACUAAACCAAUUGAUAUUCUUACUGAUUGUACAUCAACUAGUUCAUCAUUGAAAAUGAUGACUACUGAACGAUCGAAAAAUGUUACUCUUACGGCUGAUGCACACUUUUAUAUUGCUUAUAGAGGAAGUGCUUGGGUACCAUUAAAUGAUCCUGCUGAAAAAGGUCUUGAUUGGUCUAUUGUAACAUACAUUGAUCUUCGUAAACGAUCCGAUGGUUUCAUUAAUACUCCACCUGUUGCCAAAUUUGUGUCACCACAAUAUGCCAUUGUAAAUAAAACAAUACAAAUAAAUAUACCUGUUUCGGAUGCGAAUGCUGGUGAUGAUGUACGGUGUCGAUGGUCAACAUAUACAACUGGAUAUCGAAGACGAAAACGAUUCGAUAAAGAAGAACAUAUAAAGCAUCGAUCUGAUAUUUAUUUUUACAGUGAAGUAGCUAGUAAUAGAGAAUUCAUUCAUACUAGAAAAAAAAGACAAGGUUGUAGUAGCUGCUUGUCUUCAUGUUCAUAUGGCUGUAGCUGCGGCUGUAAUGGCUGUACUUCUACAACAUGUACUGGGACGACAUGUACUGACAGUGGAGGAUGCUCUGCAACAGUUGCGACGACCACAAUACAUACGACGACGACAACAACCGUUGCAGCAACCACAACAGGUGCGACCACUACAACCGAUACGACAACUACAAUCAAUACAACUACUACAGAAACUCCAGGAACACCGAAAUCGACUUCGACGUUUCCAAUUCGUCAAGCAAUUGAUGAAUGUGCUGAUAUUUGUUACCCUAAUAGUGUACCAUCUGGUACAACUCUGUCCAACUGCACUAUCACAUUCACAGGUCAUAAAGCUGGUGUCUGGUAUGCAGUUGCUAUUCAGGUAAGCAGAUUUUGA